GUUUGUGGAAACUUGUUUUUGUCAAGGCUUACUUUGAUUAUAAAAACGAUGGAGUUUUUCUUAAGGAACAUGACAUUCCAAAUGACAUUCCAAAAAAACGGGAGUAAAGCCUGGAAUGAAACAGCGACAAUCGACGAACAAGAAUCUCAGGGUCUUAAAUAUAAAUGGAUUUCCUUAGCCAUUCUCAUCGGAAUAAUAUUUUUCAACCUGUUGGUGUUGGUUUUACUGAUUUUAAGAAAUUCAAAAUCAAGAUUGCGAUUUUUCGUUAUUAACCUAGCUAUAGCAGAUUUUUGUGUAGGAGUAUUUUUUGUACUGCCCGAGACGCUCUUCUAUUGGUUUGAUGUUUCAUGGAAUCCAUACGCGUGUUAUAUUCUUUACGUGUAUUUUUCUAUGGUUCCAUUUUACGUGUCAACAUAUGCCAUCGUGGUUUUAUUAAUUGACCGUACAUAUGCUAUUUUAAAACCCUUUGCAUCUGCAUCUAAGGGGAAGCUAUACCGAUAUGGACUGGCAUUGUUCUCAUGGGUUAUAGGAUGUAUCUUUGCGAUUCCUUACGGAGUCUUUGGUACAUAUAGCGAAGAUGAGGUUUACUGCUUUCAUGAGGCGCCAAGCUUAGUAAGUUGA